GUGGUGUGUGUGUGUAAAACUUAAAAGAUCAAUUAUUUUACACGAGACAGCAUUAUCGCACAAUUCGUUAAAGACGAUCCCGGCGAUGUAUCAUUUUCCUGUGAUUGAUAUUUAAGUUAUGAGCCUUUAAAUUGCUAGCCAACUUGAUACUAAGACAAUAGCGGUCAAGAUUUUAGGUGUGGUGUGACCUUUUUGUUAAAUCUCAAACUCAUAACGUGUUUAAUGUUGGUUCUUUCGAAACGUUGGUAUCAUCGGAAAGCUUGCUGAACUCACAGAAACAACAUAUUAGAGCUGGGAGAUUAUGAAGAAAACAAUUUUUUUUUGGGACGAUUGAAAUAAUUAAUAAACCCAAUUAUUUAUUCAUUUAAACAUGUAUUUUUUCCACCACUAAAGCAAAAUUGAAAACGAGUUUGUAACAAGUAAUGUUAAAAUAGUAGCAAUAAAACCAAAUACAAAUAAAUACGUGCUGUACCUGCUGUGCAGGUCUUGGCCUUUUAGGGGCAGUGUGGUGCAUGUAUGGAGAUGCACUUAGACUAAGAUAAAGAGUAAAAGAAGAAAGUGGCGAUCUUUUUUUUUUUUUUUUACUUGUUUCUCUAGAUUAAAAAGAAUAUAUGCCUAUUUCCAGGGACAUGGCCACCGAUCACGUCAACGGGAACGGGACAGAGGAACCGAUGGACACGACGGCAGCUGUCUCGCGCUCGAAACACUUCCAGGCCUUACUGGAAGCUGACUUACCUCAAAAAGUGGCCGAGAAGCUCGACGAGCUCUACAUUGCAGGUCUGGUAGCACACAGUGACCUGGACGAAAGAGCCAUCGAGGCUCUGAAGGAGUUCAACGAGGAGGGAGCCCUCCAGGUUCUGCUGCAGUUCAAAGAGAGCGACCUGUCCCACGUUCAGAACAAAAGUGCCUAUCUGUGCGGUGUAAUGAAGACGUACAGGCAGCGCGAGAAACAAGGGGCCAAGGUGGCCGACGCCACCAAAGGACCGGACGAGGCCAAAAUCAAAGAACUCUUGGACAGAACCAAGUAUACCCUCGAUGUAACGACGGGCCAGCGGAAGUAUGGUGGACCCCCGCCUGAGUCGGUAUACAUGGGGAUUCAACCCACCGUGGGAACAGAGAUCUUUGUAGGCAAGAUUCCCCGGGACCUGUUUGAAGAUGAGCUGGUUCCUCUCUUUGAAAAGGCAGGGCCUAUCUGGGACCUUCGUCUCAUGAUGGACCCUCUGAGCGGCCUGAACCGAGGCUACGCCUUCGUCACCUUCUGCACCAAGGAGGCAGCGCAGGAGGCCGUCAAGCUGUGCAACAAUCGUGAGAUCCGUCCCGGCAAGCACAUCGGCGUGUGCAUCUCUGUGGCCAACAACCGUCUGUUUGUGGGCUCCAUCCCCAAAAACAAAACCAAAGAGCAGAUCGAAGAGGAGUUCUCCAAAGUCACAGAGGGCCUCAGCGACGUCAUCCUGUACCAUCAGCCCGACGACAAGAAGAAGAACCGAGGUUUCUGCUUCUUGGAGUACGAAGACCAUAAAACUGCAGCUCAGGCGCGCCGCCGCCUGAUGAGCGGCAAGGUGAAGGUUUGGAACAACGUGGUGACGGUGGAGUGGGCAGACCCCAUCGAGGACCCGGACCCCGAAGUCAUGGCUAAGGUGAAAGUGUUGUUCGUGCGCAAUCUGGCCAACAGCGUCACCGAGGAGAUCCUGGAGACGAGCUUCAGCCAGUUUGGAAAAGUGGACAGAGUGAAGAAGCUCAAAGACUACGCUUUUGUCCACUUCGAAGAGCGCGACGGCGCCGUCAAGGCGCUGGCUGAGAUGAACGGCAAGGAGCUGGAAGGCGAGCCUGUCGAAAUCGUCUUCGCUAAGCCGCCCGAUCAGAAAAGGAAGGAACGCAAAGUUCAGCGACAAGCAGCCAAGACGCAAAUGUAUGACGACUAUUACUAUUACUCUCCCCCACAACACAUCCCGGCUCCCAGUAGGGGGAGGGGUCGAGGUGGGAGCCGCGGCGCCGGCUACUCGUACACCCCCGACUACUACGGCUACGAGGACUACUACGACUACUACGGCUACGACUACAACUACCGCGGCGGCGGCUACGACGACCCCUACUAUGGCUACGAUGACUUCCAGACCCCCGCCUGGGGCCGCGGCGGCAGGGCCGCCAGGGGCGGCGCCUCCCCGGGCCGAGGGCGCGGCGGAACCGGGCCGUCCCGAGGCCGAGCCGGCUUCUCUCAGCGUGGGGGCGGCGGGCCGGGACCCGGAGCGGUCCGCGGAGGGCGCGGCGCCAGAGGCUCGGUGCAGCCGCGAGGGCGAGGAGGGCAGGGGGAAGGCGCCCGGGCCGGUCCCGAUGUGUCGCCGUGACGACCGACCGCCGCCGGCGGACACCGUGGUAAGGUCACGUGACUCACUGCUCCGAUGCUGAUUGGUCCUUCCCUGACACAUGACGUCCGCGGAGGAUGAACUACCUCACGCGCUCUCCGGCUCCUCUGGACCGCGCGCCGUCGUCGCUUCGCCGGCUGAAGAAGUGCCGGCAAACGCGUCUUCCGCGAUUGACAAGCGAGGUCGAGGUGUUUGCGGGGUCGGCGUCCAUCCAGCCGCUCUCAGGAUGAUGUCGUGUUCCUUUCACGUACGGCGAGGCGUCACGUCAAGAUUUGUUCAAAUGUCAUUCGACUGAUCGAGCGAUCGCUCGCUGCCGAUCACCAGCCUUGUGCUAUUGAUCGGCAUGUGAAGCGUUUGAAUGGCAUGCUGGGAAAUCUUUAUUUAUAAAUGCCAAAAAUUCACAGGUGACAUUUAAAGGGAAAAAACAUCCGGAUUGAGCAACUUGCUUUUGCUUUAUUUGUGAAGAUUUGUGUCCCCCGCCCCCUUUUUUUUUUUUUUUGCAAAUGCAAUGUUUUGUACUGUGCGAUAACUUCUAUUUUUCUAAUAAACUUGGGGGAAACUUUUUGCCAAGUAGGAGAAAGAGGAUGCCGUAUUCAAAAUGAAGAUUGUUGUAAAUAUUUUAAAUAAAAAUGCAAUAAAAUGAA